AUAUUUACAUGUAUAGAUAUAUUUCAUCAUUUACAUAAAAUCAUUUAAUCAUGGAAUAAAUAAAAGUUUUUAUAAAAGACUUUAAAGAAGUUCCAAAGUUAGCAACCUCGAAACUCAACUAAGAACAUGUCAAUCAACUCAAAGACAUCCAACAGCUGUCAGAAUAAUGGUAAUUUAACUCAUCAAUGACAGUCAUAAAGAGAGAAUUUGAGUUCCCCACUUUUAAAGAAAGCUUUGCUUUUAUGAGCUCUGUUUCUGAUUUAUCUGAGAAGAUGGAACAUUAUCCCAAAUGGUACAAUAAGGGAAAUAAAGUCAUUGUUGAAAUCACCACUCCAAGCGUAGGACUGACAAUAAAAGAUAUUUUGCUCGCCUACACUAUGGAUAACAUUUCAAAUGAUAUCCUGAAUGAAGACAUCCAAUUUAUAUGUUAAUAAAGUAAAUUGACUUCUCAAUCUACAACAUUAUUAAAUUGGUGGAACAAAAACUACUCUAAAUAUGAGGAGGAAAUAUCUUCAUAAUUUUAGAGAAAUGUCAAUCAAAUUUGAUGAGGAUCAAUCUGAUUUUGUCAAAUAUAUGUCAUUCAAAUUUAUAUUAUAAUAUAUAAUCACAUUUUA